GUGUUCCAAGUUUAUUUUGACAAGAUAGAAACAAUUUAACACUAAUAUAUUGUUAAAUUAUGGUCAAUUUUGGUGUUCAUUUGUAUGCAAUAAAGGAUUAAUAAUGGCAGCCCAAGAUCCUAACGAAAGUUUCGAGCAGUUUGAGGAUGAAGACCUAGGUGAAAGUACUUAUAAUUUUGAAUCUACUAGUGCUGGUAGAAAACGAUUGUUUAGCAAGGAAUUGCGCUGUAUGAUGUAUGGUUUCGGUGAUGACCAAAAUCCCUACACCGAAAGUGUUGAUUUGUUGGAGGACUUAGUAAUAGAAUUCAUAAUCGAAACUACACAUAGGGCAAUGGAGAUUGGCAGAACGGGUAGAGUUCAGGUUGAAGAUAUAAUAUUUCUAGUUAGAAAAGAUCCUAGAAAAUAUGCUCGUGUUAAGGACUUAUUGACUAUGAAUGAGGAACUUAAGAGGGCACGUAAAGCCUUUGAUGAAGUUAAAUAUGCCGAUAAUGAAGCCAAAUCUAAGUGAAUACCAGGACCUUGGAUAGAAG